UGACAGUUUUACACGGUGUACUCACUGACUGCCGUUGCACCCUGUACAAUAUUCGCUGGGCCUGUGUGUUUAAUUAGAAGGCUUCAGACAUGUAUGCCUGUGCUAAGUUUGUCACCUCUCCUGCUGUGCUACGUGGAGGAUCCAGAGUCCUGGCCCGGCCUGUGUCCGCGUCCAUCUUCAACCGGCCUGAAGCCAGACCUGAACAGGCCCUUUUGCCCGUUAGCGAAGCCUCCGCACUGACCGUAGCACGGGCCUUCCAGACCAGCGCUGUGUCCAGAGACAUCGACACCGCAGCCAAGUUCAUCGGUGCCGGUGCCGCCACAGUGGGAGUGGCCGGAUCAGGAGCCGGAAUCGGAACCGUCUUCGGCAGCCUCAUCAUUGGCUAUGCCAGGAACCCCUCCCUGAAGCAGCAGCUCUUCUCCUACGCUAUCCUGGGCUUUGCCUUAUCUGAGGCUAUGGGGCUCUUCUGUCUGAUGGUGGCUUUCCUUAUCCUGUUUGCCAUGUAACCUGGACACCUUGCCCCUCCACCCUUUUUUUUUUUUCUUUUUUUUUUCUUUCUUUUUUUUUUUUUUUCUGCCCCCAGUUCAAGAGCUCCCUCUGCCCAGCGACUGUAUCUCCGUCGCGCAGCUCACAAGACCGUGGCAACGGCAUUCCAUCAAAAACGAAUACAAAUCCUACCUUUUUAUGUUCCACUAUGUAAAUGUUUUUCAGAAGUUUUAUGUAAAAUCUCACUUCGGUUUAGACAGUCUGUCUGAAUAAAUGGUUGGGAUAACUUUAA